AUGGGGGGCGCGUCCGCCCAGAUUGCUUUCGCACCGAAUGCCACGGAGGCAGAGAAACACGCCAACGAUCUUACACUACUACGCCUCCGGACAAUUGAUGGUGUGCCGCAAGAGUACAAGGUCUUCGUCACGACCUGGCUGGGUUUCGGCGCCAACGAGGCACGGCGGAGGUAUGUGGAGGACCUUGAAGAAUCGUACGCUAUCGAUGGUAUCCUAGAGGUUCCCGAUCCAUGCCUGCCGACAGGACUGCGACUAAACUUCGACGGCACUAUCAUAUCAGACGACGGGCCUUCUUUGUCAAACCAUUAUCUACGGGGAGUUGGCAAAUUCGAUGAAUGUCUGAGACGGACAUUUCCCUUACUCGAGAAAGAUAUACCCUGCCCGGACGAACCGUGCCUAAUCCAUGGCGUCCACGUUCCCGCCAUCGACUUCGAAGUCAAUCACUUCGUAGGCGUCAGCGAGUAUUGGCACACUACCCACGAGAUCUUUGAGAUGGCGCAUAAGGAUAAAUCAUAUGAUUUCAACACCUAUCAACAGAGAGUCAAGGAAUUUUGUGAGCAAGACUGGUCAGAUAUUCGCAAGGGCGUCAAGGACGAGACGUGGGGCGACGACGUCGACGAAAAGACCGCGCUGGAGGUUUGUUUCAAGGCUAGUUGGCUGAUUAACAUGCUUCAUGAUGGCAUUGGGAUUCCCAGAGUCGGACUCGAAGACACAGACGUCUCAUCACACAAUGGCACGAAAGAAGUAUUGGAGAGCGCGAAGGGAAAGGGGUUUCUCGAUCCUUUCCAGGCCGUGAACAAAAUUAAAUCCACAGAGGUCAGUUGGACAAUGGGUAAGAUGCUGUUGUAUGCAUCUGCAGAGAUUCCGCCAGCUGCUGAAGGAGAUCUUCCGGUGGGAUUUGGAAGUAAUGUGCCUGGCAUUCCCGAAGACUUUCAGUAUCCGGGUGGAGGGUUACUCCAAGCUGUUCCAGACUAUCACUCUGAAGCUCCUGCUGCCGACUUAUCAGAGACCACUGCGGGUGACGGUGGAGACAGCCAAAGCAUAACUGACCACAUUCACGAUACGCUCUUCAGUUCUGACGCUCCACACCGUUUGCCCGGAUUUAUCUUCUUCCUCCUUAUCUUGAUUAUUGCGGCGUUCUAUCUCUGCGGCCGCGAACGACGUUCCAGGAUUUACCUUUCGCUUCGACCAUCGUCACCGUCCUCCUCCUCAGCCUUUUCACCCUCAUCGACUCCGAAACUGAGGACGCCGUUGAAUUUUCUCCACGCGCUGCUCAAUCGACGCAAGGGUGUCUUCCAUUCGGACAGAGAGCAUGAUCUUGAGAAUGGGGCUUCACAGCAGCUCUACCAUCCGAACGACUUCGAGCUGAACAACAUGUCCGACGACGACAGCACGGCCCUCGAGCCUGACGUGGCAUUCUCUAAGUCGAGCCCGUCCAGACCGACGUCGCAGGGCAGGAACUCGCCCUUCCAGAGCAAACGGCAUGCUUCCGAGAGGUCGAAGCCGAAUCCGAUUGACCGCGCUGGACUGGUGGUCAGGACGGAGAGCCGUGAGAGCCUGGCAACUGGAGAUGCAGGUGUCAACGGACGGUCCAAGAGUAGGAACGGGAGCCCGACCAGGAUGAUGUGA